AUGAAUGUCGGCAAGAAGUUUGGCAGAGUCAAGCAAUGGGCGGGAGAGAAAAUGGGCCAGGAGUCCAAGACGGAAGUUUCUGAUGAAUUCAAGUCUUUGGAGACAGAAAUGCAAUUGAGACAUGAGGGAAUGGAAAAGUUACAAAAGUCCAUGACUGUUUAUGUUAAAUCGCUCUCGAAACGAAAUGAAGGAGAUGACAAAGAAAAGAUGUUACCAGGCGCGUUUAUGGGUCAGACCAUGAUACAUCAUGGAGAGGAUUUUGAACCGGACUCCGAAUUUGGAAACUGUCUUAUUGCUAUGGGUAGAGCAAAUGAAAGAAUUUCGCGACAACAGGAUACAUAUGUUGUGGAAGCCACCUCCACAUGGUUGGAAUCUUUGGAGAGAUCUUUAGCUCAGAUGAAGGAAUAUCAGUCUGCCAGAAAGAAGCUCGAACAAAGACGAUUAGCUUACGAUGCCUCCCUUUCAAAGAUGCAGAAGGCGAAGAGAGAAGAUUUCAGGGUCGAGGAAGAACUUAGAUCACAAAAGGCAAAAUAUGAAGAAUCCAGUGAGGACGUUUACAGACGAAUGCAGGAUAUCAAAGAGGCAGAGGCGGAUAGUGUUCAAGAUUUGGGAGCGUUUUUGGAGGCCGAGCUUGAAUAUUAUGACCGUUGCCGUGAAGAACUUUUGAAAUUGAAGAGGGAAUGGCCUGCUGCACGCGGAUCGGCGGUACAGCAGCCACGUCAGCCUAGACGCCCCGAAGGACGACCUCGUUCAAACACAGCUCAUUCAUACAGUGAGAGAUAUUCCACGUAUGAAGAACCUGCCUCAGAGCUAGAGCCUCCACGUCCAUCUAUCCGAUCUAACACUCCUCGUGUCAACACAACUCGAGUGGCAUCAACCUCUGGACUUGGUAGAAUGGAGGAAUAUUCCCCUCCAAGUUCCCCACAACGUCCAUCGAUUGGUCGAUCUUCCACAUUCCAAGGCCCGACGACUCAUUACCGUGAAUCUCAAACUUCAAAUCGUCUAAAUUCAAUCCCCUCUGCAUCAGACGCUGGUUCUUUACGCGUAAAUCUUCGCCCAACUGCUCGUACCAGUAUUACCUCCGGGGAUGUGUUCAAUGAUCCAUCUGAUGAUUCGACUCUUAAUAGUAAUAGUCCAGAUAGAUCAUACGGUGCGCGUUCUGUUAGUCCAGCUACCAGUCAUGGUAGCAGGGGAAGUCGAUCGGCUAGUAUAUCGGCAGCAAAUGCAAGAAGGGCACCACCUCCACCUCCUAGCAGAACCAAGAAACCAGCUCCUCCUCCACCAGUGAAGAGAGCAGAAAUUAGUUCUGUUAGUGUUAAUGGUCGUUACUAA